AAAUUUGGGUUUAAAUAAAAAUUUGGGUAUCGGAGUUCUUGUAUGCGUUUGCACGUGAUGGCAUUUGUUCCUGUAUACAGUGUCGUAUUGGUCAAAGAAAAAAAAAAUUGUAUUCGAAAAUUUUAAACAUCGAUUUUAACGGAAGACAGAUAGACCAUUUAGAAUUAAAGGGUUUAAACAGUAAACAUAUAAUCAAUAGAAAUCAGGUAUAAUGUCUAGUAAGAAGGAAUUGACGGAUAAGAUAAUAUCAUUAUUAAGAACGUUGCCUAAGGAUAGAUUGAAUUAUUAUUCGUCAUUUAAAGAAGUUCAAUUACAACGAUUUCAAAAUCUUAAUAGUAAAGAUCUUGAUCAUAAUAAUGUGAUAGAUAUAAGUGAAAAAGAUUUAAGAUUACAAUAUGAUUCAUUAAGAGAUUUGGUUAAUGAUAAGUAUAAGAAUUAUUAUAAAUUAGAUGAUAAAUUAUUGAAGCCAAAGGGUAAUCCUAUAUAUUAUGAUCGUUUAUUGAGUAGUAUUAAGGGAGAGAGAAAGGAAACUCUUUGGGAAGCUGCUAGAACUGUUGUAUUUGGAAGGUAGGUAAACAAGUACUUUUCCUUUCUAGAGUAAUAUAUAGAAGGUGGAUACAUGUACAUAGGUAUUUAUUCGAAAUAAUGAAUUUUAAUUUUUUAAUGACAAAACAGAAUGGUUACGUUGUAGAGAAAUGAAAUGAACUGAACACAGCCAUCGAAGACCAAUAAUAGUUAGUAGAUCAUAAUUUCAUCCUAUAUUAAAUAAAACGUCAUAUUGUUACAGUAAAAUUCU